UUUACAGACGUGGUUCUUGGUAAAGCAGGGAAAAGCAAAGCAGUCAAGAAGGAUGCAAUAGAUGCAGCAGACCCUCUCGUUCAGGAUCUCAACGACCUCGCCUCCCACAAGAGCAAAUCAACCAAAAAGAGCGUCAAAGACGAAGCGGCAAAGAAACUUCAAAAAGCUUCCUCCAAAUACAAAGUGCCUGUAGACGAUGACGACGACGACGACAAUGUGGUCUCGAAGAGCAAGAAAAAGACGAAGUCUAAAGCGACGCUGAAGAAACAGAAGGCGGAGGAAGAGGAGAAGAAGAAGCAGAUCGAAGAGGAUAGCGAUACCGACGACGACACCGAUGACGACACCGAUGAUAGUGAUUCUGAAUCUGACGAUGAUGACGAUAAAAAGGAUACAGACUCUGAUUCUGACUCUGAUGACGAUUCUUCAGAUGAUGACGACGAUGUCGACGAAGAGACACUCAUUAAUAAACUCUUCAGCAUGGUUCAGGCUAUCAUACCAAAGCCUGCAAAAUUCAAAAGCAAGUCUUACUACACAAAAGACCAAAGUCAUGAUGAUGACGACGAUGAUGACAGUGAUUCAGACAGUGAUAGCGAUAGCGACAGUGAGAGCGACGACGAACCGCCAAGUAAAGCAAAGAGUGAUCUGAAACAACCCAAAAAGUCUAAAUUGAAAAUCGAGAAGUCUUCUGGAAAGAAAAAGGUUAACGACGACACCGACUCUGAUUCGGAUAGCGACAGUGAUGAUACCGAUGAUGAUGAUGAUGACACAGAUUCUGACAGCGAUACCGAUAGUGAUACCGAGAGUGAUCCUGAAACCGAUGACACUGAUGACGAUAGCGAUUCCGAUAGCGAUGACGACAGGGUGAAAGCGAAAACGAAGGUCAGCAAGUCCAAGAAACCGUCCUCCAAAGCAGCCGAAUCGGAGAGUGACAGCGAUAGCGACGAUACAUCUGAUGACGAUGAUAGCGACAGUGACACCGACAGUGACGAUACAUCCGAUGAGGAAGACGGCGACGGCGAAUCGGACGAUGAUACGGAUACUGAUAGCGAUACUGAUAGUGACACUGAGAGCGACCCGGAAACUGAUGACACCGAUGAAGAUAGCGACUCUGAUAGCGAUGACGACCAGGAUACUGAUGAUAGCGAUAGCGACAGCGAUUCUGAUGACGAUGAAGAUCCGGUGGAGAGCCUUGUCAACGAACUUAUGUCACAACUUAAGAAAUACAAGCAAAAAUCUGGCAAAUCAUCAAGUAAAAAGACCAAACAAUCGGGAUCUACACAGCGGGAAGCCACAGAAGACGUGACUGAAGAACUAACGCGGAUUGCGAAGCAGCUCAAGAAAUUAAAACGCAAAUGAGCAAGGCGUUGAUCGUGUUAGUGUGGUAGUGACGUUUAGGGUUUAACUUUGAUUACCUACUCUGUCGAUAACUUUACACCCUUAAAAUGUUGGGCAACAUAUUGUCCACAUAACAAUUGGUUAAUAGAUUUAUCAAACUCUGGGUAAUUUUCAACCAAUAGUGUGUAGUUUUCACCCAAAGCACACAUUAUUGGUUUAAAACUACCCAGAAUUAGAUAAAGUUUUAACCAAUUGUUUUGUGGACAGUAUGUUGCCCACCAUUUUAAAGAGAGUAUAUAGUAGAAGACAAUAUUCCACUCGCAAGAGAGAGAGGGGGGGGGGGGACUAGACAGAGAGAGAAAAUGAUCAGUAUUUUUGCUUGGUUGGUUUUAAUAAUAUUUUGCUCUAUAAUCCACGCCGAAUUGGCAGGUCAAUUUUGAUUCAAAUGUAAACACCAACAGUUAAUUCAAUUAUCAGCUAACAUCACGACAGAGUAGGUAAUUCGAAGAGCAUUUAAUUGAUUGAAACUUGCAAAGUUUUGUAUCUGUGAUCACGAACAUCUUAUGCAAUUUUGCAUGUACACUGUAGAAUUGUAGGCCUAGAUUUAUCUCGAAUUGUCCUUAACUCACCACUAUAAGAUAUAUUUUUCCUCAUCAGUUUGAAGUAUCGAGUGACGGAAAAGAAUAUGACAUAAAAAUAAUAUAUCAGUACCUUUAUAUAGAGAUGACAUAUUAACCUCUGAGCCAAUUUGAAUUAAUCCGACAUAUUAGAACAGACCGUUCCCUGCCAAAAUUAAUAUCAUUUUCAAUUGAUUUGAAUAACUUACCAAAAGUCAUUCAACAAUUGUGGAAUGUUGUAAAUAUUAUUACAAUCUACUUUCACGUUGUUUUGUAUAUUUGUAUCUUUGUAAGUACUAUUAGUUAUGAAAUAACUUUCUUUUAUCGGUAGUUCAUUCGGGUUUUUUGAAAUAUACAAUUUGAUCCAGCUAUGUUAAUGCAGAAUCAAAGUUAUUUCGCGCUCGAAAUAUUCCAUCUCGGUCCAGUUGUUGUUUUUCCUGUCGGAAAGGUCAGGGGUGUGAGUGGUCACAAAUAAAAAGAUCUUAAAAAGAUGAAGAGAGUUGAAAAAGUCUGAAAUAGAAAGAGCUCCCAUACUUAUUGUAGAGGAAAGCCAAAAAUAAAAAUCUGAACUCUCACACCCCUGAAAGAAAAUCUAAUUUGAAGUAGAUAGAUUAGAAAUAGAAUAGUUUGCAUGUUUCGGGGGAGGUGUUGGAAUCUUGAUUGAAUGAUGAUGAUGACUUGUAUUAUAAUGUAAUGUGCCUAUUCCAAAAUCGAAAACUUUUCAAUGUAGAGAUUUUCGAUUUUGAACUUACAUGAUAAAAGAAUAUUAGUUUACGCGGAAUUACCUUAUUCUAAAAGAAAUUCUAAAAACUUCAGAAUUUGGAAUGAUUCGUAAUUCCUAAAACUUUAAUUGCCUUUAACAAAAGUAUUUACUUAUUCAAAGUGACCCAAUUUAUUUACAGUCUUUAAUGGUCACUUAUAAGGGAAGUGGAGGGAGAUUGAUUAGAAAGAAAAAAAGACUGAUUACAAUGUGUACUUGUCUGCUCUUGAAAGAACGUACUUACAAUAAGUAAUUUAUAAAUGCCAUCUUUAAAUAACGGGGAGGAGAAAGUCUGAUUAGAUGACAGAAUUGCUCUUUAACUUCAUUGUAUACUUGUCUGAUAAGCGAGUCUUAUUAUGUACCCUUGAAAUAACUUUUUUUUAAUUUUGAGAUAUUCUGUAGGAAAGGUUACCCAAUAUUGGGCUAACAGGGAAAAUACCCAUUUCUUGGGUAA